AGAUCGACCCUGCGAAUGGUUUUGGCGGUGUCUUCAUGUAGGACCUACUCCCCAACCCUGCCCGCUGCGGUGAAUUCCACCUGCGAUGCUUUAACUUGUGCAACAGAGAUUCUUGUCCCAGGGAGAGGCGGGAAGGACGCGCUAAUCACAGGGCGGGGUCUAGGGUUGGGAUCUGGUCCUGUGCCCCCUACCCACCACGAGAUGGUGGGGAUCUAGGGAGAGUGAACGUUCCUCCCGAGAUACUGGUGUAAGGGGAAAGAUAUGUGUUGAGUCUAUAAAGCUGUGCAGGUGGCACAGCCGAGAAGAGAGAAUUGGGGAAACGAGGAAGGUUCCAUGAGAUGACUUGAGCUGCGGAAACCUUUGGCAGAGGAAAAGGGCUUCAGUUUUAAAUGUGAGAUCACUGGAAGUUGAGGCUGGGCUUCAUCACCAGGCCUCCUCGCCAACUCCUGUCCCUUCUGUGUAUCGGAUACCGAUUCCCUCGAAGCUCAGUACUUUGUACUCAGCACAGGCCCAGAGCCAUGGCGGUGUCCUCAUCAACUUCCUGGGAGCUGCCCCUGGUGGCUGUGUGCCAGGUAACAUCAACCCCAAACAAGAAAGAGAACUUUAAAACAUGUGCUGAGCUGGUUCUAGAGGCGGCCAGACUGGGUGCUUGCCUGGCUUUUCUGCCUGAGGCAUUUGACUUCAUUGCACGAAAUCCUGCCGAGACAUUACAACUGUCUGAGCCACUGGAUGGGGACCUUAUGGAACGAUAUAGCCAGCUUGCCAGGGAAUGUGGAAUCUGGCUGUCCUUGGGUGGAUUCCACGAGCGUGGCCAAGACUGGGAGCAGACUCAGAAAAUCUACAAUUGUCAUGUGCUUCUGAACAACAAGGGGCUAGUAGUGGCCCAGUACAGGAAGACACAUCUGUGCGAUGUGGAGAUCCCAGGUCAGGGGCCUAUGCGGGAAAGUAACUCUACCAUGCCUGGACGCACUCUCGAGCCACCCAUCAGCACACCAGCAGGCAAGGUGGGUUUAGCAAUCUGUUAUGACAUGCGGUUCCCUGAACUUUCUCUGAAAUUGGCUCAAGCUGGGGCAGAAAUACUUACUUAUCCUUCAGCCUUUGGAUCGGUUACUGGACCUGCCCACUGGGAGGUGUUGCUGCGGGCCCGAGCCAUUGAAUCUCAGUGCUAUGUAAUAGCAGCAGCACAGUGUGGACGCCACCAUGAGACAAGAGCAAGUUAUGGCCACAGCAUGGUGGUGGACCCCUGGGGUACGGUGGUGGCCCGCUGCUCCGAGGGACCAGGCCUCUGCCUUGCCCGAAUUGAUCUCAACUUUCUGCGACAGAUGCGCCAACACCUGCCUGUGUUCCAGCAUCGCAGACCGGACCUGUAUGGCAGUCUGGGUCAACCGCUGUCUUAAGCCUUGUGACUUCUGCUGGGGUUGAGACACACAGAGACACACUCAGCUGUGAAGUGAGGCCAUUGUGACUUGCAGGCAGGACCCAAGCACAGUUCUCUCACUUGCAGAACCUUAAACUCUUAAUGGAACACAGGUUCAGGUUCAUGGGAAAGAAAAAACUUUGACCUGAUCUCAGAUUUCAGUUUCAGAAAAGUAAAAUUUUAUAUAGUCAGUGUUUAUUUCAUGAAAACUGAAGUUACGCUGAAGGCUGAGCAGCACUGGCAUUGAAAAAAAUAUAAUAAUCAUAAUGUCUGUCUGGGCUUCUCCUUUGGGGGCUGGAAGGGGAGGUGGUGUGGUACCUGCUCGAAUACGCUCCACUUGUAGGCCUCCUGGCUCAAACAUGCCUCCCUACCUAAGAAAGUGCAACAAGGCUCAGUGCAUGUCCUAGCCCCAUUCUCCAGGAGGAAAGGUAGAGGGCAGGAGCAGAAGUUGAUACUGAAUACUCACUUUCUCUCAAGCCAGAAGGAAGCAAGGGCAAAGGGGCUCAGGAUGAGGGAAGAGUUCAUUUGUUAUUUUCACUAGAAAUGGAAGGGACAUGCCACACACCCCUUCCUUUUCAGAGAAACUUUAACCAGCACCCUGUCCUCCGUCCAUCCUGUGUAUUGGUGUCACACAUACAUCACAGCUGGGAGGGGUUAUGAGGCUGCCCCAGUCAUCUAACUGUUGGAGAGGGUCUGACAAAGGGGAAAGGGAGGGAGCCACACGAGGCAGCAGUUUCAAGCCAUGGGAUGAAGGAAAGGCAGAGAGGAGCAGCACCAGAGGCCAGGAGAGAGCGGAAAGGGCCACAGCUUCUUUGUUUUUAAAAAAUUCUAUAAUUUG